AUGACUCAGCGAACGGUCUUUGGAUGGACAUUGUUUGGAAGCUUGCAUGGCGCUGGGCUUACUGCGCCACGCUUGCAGUCGCUGCACUGUGAUGUUCAUUUAGAGCGAGCCUUGACUAGAUUGUGGGAGUUGGAGGAAGCACCUCAAAAGACGCACCUUACAUACGAAGAACGUUUCUGUGAAGACCACUUCGACACAACACAUCGAAGAGCACCUACUGGCCGAUUCAUCGUCGAGUUGCCGUUAAAGCCCGACGUACCGUUGGGAGAUUCGCGAGACCUGGCCGUCCAGAAUUUGCUACGCCUUGAAAGAAGACUUGCUCGCGACGCCGACCUACGUUUGCGCUACAACGAGUUUAUGAAAGAACUCAUAGAUAUGAAUCAUAUGCAGAUCGCGUCAGAAACCUUAAAUCAAACAUACUAUAUGCCGCAUCAUCCCGUUAUAAAGGAGAGUAGCAUUACGACAAAACUUCGGGCUGUUUUCAACGCGUCCGCCAAAUCGUCUUCCGGGAAUUCUCUGAAUGACGCAUUAUUUGUCGGCCCUCAACUGCAGCAAGAUUUGUAA